AUGCCACGAAUCAUCCUAGUCACGGGCGCGAAUAGAGGAAUCGGCCUGGCAAUUACCCAAGCCCUUGCAACAAAAGCAUCCGACGUGACUAUCUGUCUUGGUUGUCGUUCUAUUUUAUCCGGUAAUGAAGCCAUGCAAGAGCUUCGUCAACAAGGGAUAAAGUCUCAGAUAGAGACUAUCAAGUUGGACGUCACAGAUGAUGAUAGCAUCAAGGCUGCUGUUCAACACAUGAGUCAAACGUAUAACAAAAUUGACGUCCUGAUCAACAAUGCUGCAGUAGCCAGCAAUUCAAAUAAAGACCUGAGUGAUUUCCGCCAAGUAUACAACUCAAUAUUCGACGCAAACAUAACAUCAGUCGGUCUCCUAACAUCCCACUUCCUCCCUCUCCUAGAAAACUCGCCAAAUGCGCGAGUGAUAAAUAUCUCAUCAGCGCGCGCUUCUGUCGCGCUCCAAACAACGGGCAAACUGCCGCCUACAGCGUCUAUACCAUAUUCGAUCUCGAAGACUGGACUUAACAUCCUUACUUUAGAAUUGGACAAGUUAUAUGAGAAUAUUAGGUUCUAUUGUGCUAGUCCGGGCCAUUGUCGGACCACUUUCAAUGGGUUUCGUGGGACCAAAGAUCCGCUUGAGGGUGCGAGGGUUGUCGUUGAGCUUGCAUUGAGUGAGGAGGGGUUUGAAUCGGGGUUUUGGCAGUUUGAGAUUGAUGCCAUGGAGGCUGUUGCUUGGUAG